AGCGGGUUCCUGCGAGACCUGGCCGGGCGCUUGCAGGGUUCCUGUGAGCUCCCUUAGCGACCGGCUCCGACCCGGGAAGCCCAGCGAGAAGGGUCACCUCGCCCACCUCCCACGCCCCGCCUCAGUGCCGCCCCCCGGCGCCCCGCGUGCGCCGCGGCGGGCGGAUUAACCUCCAAGGGCGUUCUGGCCCUCGCUCUGGCUUCCGGCCCGGCCUGGGCGCUGAGGUCCGGCUUGGCGCUGCCCCCACGCCUUGUGCCAGUCCCGAGGGACAUUCCGCAGCAGCCUGGUCACUGUGGAGGCCCGGGGUCGUUCCGGGCACCCGGGACCAGGGUCCUGGUGAAGGCGGCCGGAAGAAGCCGGCUGUGACUGUGGUCCCGGAGCGGCCGUGCAGCACCUGGUGCAAAAGCAGAGGCGGUUUCUUCGUGGCUGGGCCGCUUUCUCAGAGGAUGGAGAUGUUAACAAUCAAGAUGGUACAUGCUGAAGCCUUUUCUCGGCCCUUAAGUCGGAAUGAAGUUGUUGGUUUAAUUUUCCGUUUGACAAUAUUUGGUGCAGUAACAUACUUUACUAUCAAAUGGAUGGUAGAUGCAAUUGAUCCAACCAGAAAGCAGAAAGUAGAAGCUCAGAAACAGGCAGAAAAACUAAUGAAGCAAAUUGGUGUGAAAAAUGUGAAGCUGUCAGAGUAUGAAAUGAGUAUCGCUGCUCACCUGGUAGAUCCUCUUAACAUGCACGUUACUUGGAGUGAUAUAGCAGGUUUAGAUGAUGUUAUUACAGAUCUGAAAGAUACAGUCAUCUUACCUAUCAAGAAGAAGCAUUUGUUUGAGAAUUCUAGGCUUCUGCAGCCCCCUAAAGGUGUUCUUCUCUAUGGGCCUCCAGGCUGUGGUAAAACAUUGAUUGCCAAGGCUACAGCCAAAGAAGCUGGCUGUCGAUUUAUUAACCUUCAGCCUUCAACACUGACUGAUAAAUGGUAUGGAGAAUCUCAGAAGUUGGCUGCUGCUGUUUUCUCCCUUGCCAUUAAGUUACAGCCUUCCAUCAUCUUUAUAGAUGAAAUAGACUCCUUUCUACGAAACCGUUCAAGCUCUGACCAUGAAGCUACAGCUAUGAUGAAAGCUCAGUUUAUGAGUCUCUGGGAUGGGUUGGAUACUGAUCACAGCUGCCAGGUCAUAGUGAUGGGAGCUACUAAUCGUCCUCAGGACCUGGACUCUGCUAUAAUGAGAAGAAUGCCUACAAGAUUUCAUAUCAACCAGCCUGCACUAAAACAAAGAGAAGCAAUUUUGAAGCUCAUCUUGAAAAAUGAAAAUGUGGACAGGCACGUAGACCUGCUAGAAGUUGCUCAAGAAACUGAUGGGUUCUCAGGAAGUGAUCUAAAAGAGAUGUGUCGAGAUGCUGCCCUCCUCUGUGUCAGGGAAUAUGUUAAUUCUACAUCAGAGGAAAGUCAUGAUGAAGAUGAAAUCCGGCCUGUACAACAGCAGGACCUGCAUCGGGCAAUUGAAAAAAUGAAGAAAUCGAAGGAUGCGGCAUUUCAGAAUGUUUUAACACAUGUCUGUUUAGACUAAGAGUGAAGAUCAUUUGUACAGUUCAGUGAUCUAGUUUCGUGUGCCCUGUUAUCAGUUAGUGGGAGUAGCGUGGAAGGAGUACUCUGAAAACAGUGAGAGUCCCAUGUUUAUGGUUUUAUACUCUGAAUUCUAAGUUAUUGAGGUAUAGUUGUUACAUAAGUGGUAUUACUACUUGUCAAAAAUCAUGAAGAGGAACAAUUUAAUCCGGCCCAAGUGUGGGUGCUUGUGUCUGACCUCUUUAGCCAUAUGUUGUCACAGCCUUAUAGAAUCUAACCUGGUCUUAAAGGAAUAAAUGACUCAUUGAGUCAUUAACGAGAAGUGGGGAUAUGGUUAGGUGCUGGUUCUAGAUACGUAUGUCUGUAUGUGUAUGUGUGUAUAUUAAGUGUAUAUAUCCACACAUUUUUUAUUGACAUUCUGUAGAUAGGUUUGAAUACAGAAACUUUUUUUUACCCCAGCCACUGAAUCCAAAAGUACCAAAUAAUAUAUAGCAAAGCUAAGAUUUAAGGCUGUAUCUUAACAGGUACAGUGAUACAGCCAUUUCUAGUUGUCAUUUGUUUCAGCCUUUUCUAAGUUGAGCAUUUUUCGGUCUGCAAGUGAUUAGUUGAAUCAGGCACAUCUGAAUAUAUAUAAAUGUGACUUAAUUAUAAUGGUUAUAAGGAUAAUCACAUAAAAAUACUUGAUAGGCAGACACAUGAUCAGCACUGAUUUCGCCUUUUUCUGCAAGCACAUAAAACUUUUUAAAAGAUGUUAUAUUGAUAUACCUGAAGGUGGAUUGAAAGCCUUUUAAAAGAAUGGGUUUGAAAAGCUUCAGCAUCCUUUAAGAUGUGUACAUGACUUUCCUUCCUUCUUUUAAUUUAAUAGAUAGUUCUGCUGUAACCAUGUCUUUAAGAUGCCAUUAAAAGUUAUGUUUUGUAAAUUAUGGUCAAAUAUGAUUUGGUUAUCAAAAUUGAAAUAGUUGUUUUAAGUACCUGUUACUAAAUGAGCUAAAAAUACUCAUUUUAUAACUUUAAUUUUAAAAAUUUUCUCAGCUUACGAUUAAUUGCCUCUUUACAUACAAAUGUGCAGACCAAAAUUCACAUAUGUGUAAUCAUUUGUAACUACAUUUGUGAUGUUACAUGUUCUGCACAUGUUCUGCACAUGAAACAUCGCUUCAAAUUCCACUAACCAGAACUCGGUUACAGGCACCAAAACGCAUGGGGAAAGGGCACAGCAGUCGUAAGGUGCCUUCUGCAUCACCAGAAAUAUUGUUUCAGAUGCAUUUGUUUUUAUUAUAUUUAUUUGAAAACUCCAUCUUUGUUCAUGAGUUACUGGAUUCGUUUAAUUUAAUAAUGCUUCUCAAAAAUCCAUUGACUAGUUCCUUCAUUUGUACUUUGUGCAGGAGAGUUUACAGGAGAAUACUUGGAAUAGCAAAAGGCCAAUUAUGAACGGUGAAGAUAGGAAUGCAAAAUAACAAGAUACCAAAAAUAAAACAUUUUCACAUUUUUAAUAAUUAUAUUACUAUUUUAUACCUGUAAUAAUAAAGGGGUCCUACUUCGUUGACUUUUCUCCACUUAA